AUGGCCCACAUCGCUUCUAUUAAGCGUUACGAACUAAAAGGGAUUAGUAAAUUUGUUGAUGACCUCAUCAACGACUGCCGUGUAGGUGGGCAUGACGCGAAGCUUCCAGGCAUAGCCCUCGUCGACCCGCCGUGCCUUGGAGCCCGUUGCGAGUGCGAGGUCGAAAUUCGCCUGCAGCACGAAUUUCAGGGAGGGGAAGGGCGCUUAGUCAUCGUCGGAGGGGGUGGCGUGACCGUGGCCAGCGUCCCCCUGACUGAUGUGACAGGACGAACGGUCAGGGUCCUCCUUCCACCCCAGGAGGCCGGCCCGUUGACCGUGGGCGUCGAAGGUAGCUUGUCGGAAGCUGCUUAUGCGACCCUGUUGGUCCUCCCGAGCGAUGCCUGCCGGGACGUGGAGGAGAUAUUCGUGCUGAUGGCGGAUGCUAUCAGGGAGGAGGCAUCGCCCCUGCGAAGCGGCACUGCGGACGCCCGCGAGUCCCUGAUCCUGGAGUCCGCCUGGCGCGACUACUUCCAGCCCUUCGCCACAGACCUGGGCGGCCUGCUUCAAGUUUUGGCGGCAAAAGGACAGUUGAGCCCGCGAGAUUCGAAUCUGCUGCACUCGCAGCUGGUGUACAUGUUGCAGAACUGCGCGUGGGCGCUUGCGGCGUACUUUUUGAGGGCGUGCCUGAGUUACGGAAUUCCCAUAAAAAUAGGAUCGUGCCAGUUUUCUGAGGAGGACGUGGACCCGGCGGUGCUCCGGCGACUGGCCCAGGAGUUCGAGUGA